AGCCAGGCCAGAAGAACGCAACCUGAAGAACAAGAGAGAUCGCUGGCUUCUAGUGUGGACUGGGUUCUGGAAAAAUUCACUUUCGUAAUUGCGUGAAAAAUGGUUUCUGGGAAAAGUCACUUUUCUGAUAGCGUGAGAAAGGAAGAGGGUAGGACUCGCAACUUGAAAAGUUUAUUAAAGGGAUCAAAUAUUUUUUUAAAGGGAUAAGUUAUAAAUCUAUUGAGGUCAACGCAGCCUAAUGCCCCCGCAUUGGCUCCGCUAGUGCGUGUAUAUAUAUCCCACUCUAGGGCUCUCCAAUCUCUUCCUUUAUAUCCUCUUCUCCAAGCACAAACCUACCGAAGAUCGCAAACUCCAUAAACUCGCUCCAUUUUUGCUAGAGAUAUGCCAGGCAUUAUCAGUACCGCUCUUCCAAAUCAAAAACAUGUUUAAAGAAGACUUGUUAUCAAGAAAAUAGAGAAACCAAAUUCCCGGCUGGUCUCGUUUAUGAAGCGGAGGGGCGGUCUUUUCAGAAAGGCUUGUCAACUCAGCGGUCUGUGUGGCGCUGAGGUGGCCGUCAGUGUCUUUUCUCCGUAUGGCAGGCUGUACGUCUUUGGCCACCCAUCGGUGGAUUCUGUCCUCUCUCGCCUUGAACGCGUAAACACUGCCUUGCAUGGCCGCCAAUACAUCUCUAUGCAUGAUAGUUCUGAGGCUGAAGAUCAUGAUACAGAUAGCAGUAGUAUAAUCGAGUCCAAUUCAAUGGAAUCUUGUAUGGUGUCCAAAACGAGCAUAGAUCUUGAAAAUCUUGGCUUAGAUCUUGAAAAAGACACAGAGGAGAUGGAGGAGGACGAGGCGAGCAAAUUUUGGUGGGAUCAGCCAAUCGAGAAUGUGAAAAAGGUAGAUGAACUGAAGCAGUUCAAGAGUUCAUUAGAAAAAUUGAAGGCUAAGGUAAUUACGCAAUUGGAUGAGAUGGAAAUGCGUGAAUCGGUUGUGAGGCAUUAUUUGAUGUGAGACCAUGGCGUCGUGAUGCAUUACUUAUUUUGUUACAAUUGUUAUCGAGUUCUACAUUUAUUUUCUCAAGGAGGAAAAGGAGAGCUUUCAUUGACUAGGGCUACCUUUUGUACAAGUGUCGUUAUUAAACGUUUGAUUCUUUUUACUGCAUAUAUAGAGUAUUUAAUCUUUUGUAAAC